AUGAGCGUCUCGAUUCCGCUGAUGCAGGGCGCCGCCGUGGCGGCCGCCGGGCCUAGCGCCGGGGCCGGCGGGGGGGCCGCGGGGACCCACCCGGGCCAGGCGGCGCUCGCGGCGGCCGCCGCCGCCGCCGCUGCCNCCCACCCGCCUCCGCCCCCGUCCGCCUCCGGCGCCCACGUCCCGCCCCCCGCGCAGGACUCCGUGCAGCCCGACCGGCCCAUCGGCUACGGGGCCUUCGGAGUCGUCUGGGCUGUGACGGAUCCCAGAGACGGUAGAAGAGUGGCCUUGAAGAAACUGCCGAAUGUCUUUCAAAGCCUCGUCAGCAGUAAAAGGGUCUUCAGGGAGCUGAAGAUGCUCUGCUUCUUCAAACACGAGAACGUCCUCUCCGCACUGGAUAUCCUGCAGCCGCCGCAUUUGGAUUUCUUCCAGGAGAUAUACGUGAUCACGGAACUUCUGCAGAGCGACCUGCACAAGAUCAUCGUCAGCCCUCAGCAUCUCAGCCCGGACCACAUAAAAGUCUUUCUCUACCAAAUCCUGAGAGGCCUGAAGUACCUCCACUCGGCGAGAAUCCUCCACAGGGACAUCAAGCCGGGCAACCUCCUGGUGAACAGCAACUGCGUCUUGAAGAUAUGCGACUUCGGACUGGCAAGGGUGGAAGAGCCGGACCAGAACAAACACAUGACGCAGGAGGUUGUCACGCAAUAUUAUCGUGCACCGGAAAUACUUAUGGGCGCUAGACACUACACCGCAGCCGUCGACGUCUGGAGCGUGGGGUGCAUCUUCGGAGAACUUCUACGUAGACGAAUCCUCUUCCAGGCCCAGACGCCCGUGCUACAGUUGGAGCUGAUCACGGAGCUCCUCGGCACGCCGAGCUUGGAGGACAUGAGGUACGCCUGCGAGGGUGCGCGCUCGCACAUGCUGAGUCGCGCCCCGAAACCCUCCUCCCUCACUGCCCUCUACACCCUCAGCAGCCAGGCGACUCACGAGGCGGUUCACUUGCUCUGCCAGAUGCUAGUCUUCGAUCCCGAUAAGAGAAUCACCGUGGUGGACGCCUUGGCUCAUCCUUAUCUCGACGAAGGAAGACUGAGAUAUCACUCGUGCAUGUGCACGUGUUGUUACACUACGAGUGCAGGAAUGCGUCAAUACACCGGCGACUUCGAGCCGGUCACGUCGCAACCCUUUGACGACCUUUGGGAACGAAAGCUCACCACUGUACAGCAAGUCAAAGAGGAAAUGCACAAGUUUAUCGCGGAGCAGCUGAACACGUCGCGAGUACCACUCUGUAUAAACCCGCAGUCCGCGGCGUUCAAGAGUUUCGCAAGCUCCACGGUAGCGCAUCCCUCGGAACUGCCACCAUCUCCCCAUCAAUGGGAAUGAGGUCUCCAAAGUCCAGAUGGAAAUCGGCGCCGACAAUUUCUCUGGUCAUCGCCGUCGGCCACGGCGAGGUGAAAAAUCGUCGGCCGAUUUCGGGAGGACUUCGGGAAAAACGAAAGAGAGAAGAAGACGAAAGGGUCGGAAGGUCAAACUGGAACCCUGCGAAGAGCCAAGAGAGACAAUAGACUGCCGAGCAACGUAGCCUCAAUUUUCAACUAGCUGAUAUACACCUAGGGGACACUUAGUUAAAUUAAUAAUUACUUAAGGCUAGUAAUAAUUAUACAGAUUAGGCGAUUACGUAGGGGGAAUUCAGGAAAAGAGGGAGAGACACGAGUUGGGCGCGAAGACGUGUGAGAGCUGGGCGAAUGUAAAUGCAGAACCGACAAAGAUUGGGGGGAGACGCGGAUUCGUGCUCGAGGUAAAAAGACGGGGCGAGGACGAGAGGGAAGGAGCGAUUGUAAUAUUAAUUGUAACACGGGAGCUGAUCAGUGGAGGGACGGGCCACUUUCAGAUUUUUCCUUCGUUCUUUCUUUUCGAUCACUCAUUCGCUCAUCCGGAACAACUGGCAUUUAACUGACUAUACAUAUUAAUGCAUAUUACACAUUAUUAUACAUAUGUAUGCAUACACGUCUUUAGGAGAGUAGGGUAUUAUUUGUUAGGUGUAACGUGUACACGCGAGGUCUCUGGAUUAUUGGCCACGAUGGAUGGGGGAAUAGCAGAGGGCGGGAACAGAAUAGCGAUUCUUGGUCUCGAACGUUUCCGCGGAUCCGCUUGCGCCGGAAAUUUUCGAUACCGGACUAAUGCUGAUCCGAUCGCGAGAUAUCAAUCGGAUAAUAGCCUCCGAGAAGAAGAACGAUCACUCGCGUGAGAAAACCGUGGACGUGAAUAUGGACGCGAUCUGUUGGGAUCUUCGACAUUUUGGCGGCUGCAGGGCUGUUGGCGGUUCGAUCGAGGACCUCGGCUACUCAGACAUUUGCGGCAAAGUUAAGAAUUUUCAAACGUCCUGCAAAGGAAUGCCCCUGAUUUCGUUUGAUCAUCGAAUUUGGGUUUAUGGACCGAUAUUACGUGACGGUCUGCCGUUUCUUACAGCAGCUAGUUGCAAAUCUUGCGUUAUUCGAUUAGCCGGACAGAGAGGUUGAACGUCGAUUGAAGAAGAAUUCGAAAGUUUGCAGAUUCUGCCGAACAUUUCAAAGUUCAGUCAAUUUAUGAACAGAGAGACAGAGGGAGAGAGAGACGAACCGUAACGUGGCUGCGUUUAACCUUUUUGCUACGACGAAAUUGGCAUUCAGUUUGACAUCCAUGAAUGGGGUUAUGUACCAUAAGUGAACAUUUACCGUAUUAAUAAUGUAUGGCAUUCGGUUUACUAUCUUACUCCUUAAACGAUUAUUCCGAAGACUCGUAAAGAUAAACUUCCAGGCUUUGGAGGACAUACCCUUGUUUAUUUGAAAUCAUUGAUAUCUCAUUAAAUGAGUGCCAAUUGUUUUAAGACUCGUAUGGUGGAUUAUAGUCGCUCGUGGUAUACUACGAUCAUUUCACGGCGAGCAACUAUAUUUGCCCAUUAUAUAUGAACAAUUUUUAGUGAUUAACGAUCGCAAUCACCUGGAGUAGCGAAAGGGUUAACGCAGUACUUUUUGACAUCGUCAUUGUUAUCUGACAGCUGUGUACGUUGCCACGUGGGCCCGAUAUAUCAAAGAUGGCGUCCUAUCUCUUUAAAAUGACAUGAAACCUCAGCUGUCAACUCCUGAAACGUUUAAUCAAACUCGCGAACCAUAAAUUAAAAUCAUUCGCGAAAGAAGUAAAAGAAUUGCAUGAAUACCCCCGAAUUAAAUUUUCGUGCUUCAAUUAUUUUUCCCAUAAAAAAAAGAUCAAAAUGAAAAUGUCAAGAUUCAGAUUUUAGGAGCUUUUCCUAAGAGUGGAAUUUAUAAAAUUUCAUGAUUCAGUGAAACUGAAUCAUAUUCGAUUUUGUCGACACGUGCGGAUCUAAAAUUGUGAUAUUUUGUGUUUUUGGGCUUUUUGUUAUUGUAAAAAGUGCGCAACGGUUUUCAAAGUGUCGUCAGUUCUUAAAAAAAAAAAAAAAAGAAAUAGUAGCGCUGUUCGUACAACGUGUAAGGAAUCUGGAAAUGACAUUGACAUAAUUCCUGCAACAGGUUUCUCGUUAUUUUAAAGCGGAAGGCUUAGGUUUACGAAGAUGCAAUUCCUGACACAAAUCAGCUGAUAGAUAGCAAAGAUCGUCGCGUGGAAACUGUAAUUCCAGCAUCACUGCCGAAGAAUCGUACGAAUGCAAUGACGUUAAGAUAUAGGGAAUAGACAAAGAUAGGGAGAGGAGGUCAAUGGAACUGAGAUUUGUGGCGAGGGAGCUAGGUAGAUAGAGCGAUAGAUAGAUAGAUGGAUAGCUAGGUAGAUAGAUAGACGUACAGGAAGUGCGGGGCCGACUAAGUUGCUCUUGUAAAUAUUUCUGGCGCCCCGUUUAUUUUCUGACGCGUGUCGAAAGCUCUCGGGGAUUCACGCGAGAAACACGAGGAUUUAGAGUUCGAUUUUGAAAGCAAUACGAGUAUCUAUGAAAGCUAUUAUCAACAUCUGUCUGUCCAACUUAUGCUUUCGUUCGACAAAGACGCAUGAUUUUCGAUAAAUUGUUUAAAGACGAUGCGAAACCUCCCAUAGGACUCGCACUGUAUUUAGGCAUAAUUUAAGAUGAAGAAGGCAUAAUUUAAUAACUUUUAGGAACUACGGUUCUUAAUAACUUCUCUACCGAUCCCUAAAACAUUAACUGGGACUUCCGAAACAAUGACGUUUCGUGUACCUCGGUAUAUUACAUUUUGUUAAUUUAGAUCUUUCUGAAAAUCCUUCAGUCUGUUUUCAUUAGCUUCAUUCAAUUGUACAUAUUUAUAUUUAUUUAUCGAGUUCAUUGGCCAUGCUACACACACUCGUGAACAAUGGAAUUGCAAGGGAAAUCAACUUGAAUUAGACUCAAUCGAAACGAUCUUUUUUUCCUAUUUGAUAUCCAUUUCAAUGAAAUUGAAGGCGUGGAUUAAUUGAUUUCGACAGUACACGUAUGACUCGAAGCCUCGUGUUUCCAAGGAAAGCCUGUGAAUUUGGAUUCGUUCGGAAGCCUAAGAAUUACGCAUAAUUGCGUAAAUCUUGACGAGUAUGUCGCUCCCAUCCUGAUGGACGAGUUUUAACGUCCACGCUUGGUUAAUGAGCAACUUGCAAUUUCGAUUAAAAUCGCGUGAUCUCCGUCAUGCACGGACGCGGUGCUCGCACGGUACAUAAUAUUACGUUCUGAGUGUGAUUUAGGCUAAGAUGAACGUAGAUGCAUCCACAUAUUAGGGCCUAGACUUAGAUUAACGACCAUAUUAAAUUCUCCAUUUUGCAAAGAUAUACGUGUUCCCUUUUUUACAUGCAACAAAGUAGUGGUAAUAGCAGCCUUUGUAGCGCAGUGUCGUAAGGAAAGUAUAGCUCGAUAAGUACUUCCACCGAGCGCCUCGGUAAAGGAAGGAAUACGUUAGGGUAGACAAUGGAGGAAAUCGAGAGAUGGUACCGAGAUCUACUAUUAUAUUAGCGAAAGGCUGUAGAAAACAACACUAAUUACAUUCGUAAUUUAAUGCACGGAUAAUUAUUCUCUGCUUGAUUGCAAUAGCGUAGAAAAGUGCGGGUACAUUAUGAUACGACAUCGACAAUUAAUAAUUACGGUCUUAAUCUACCGACAGAGGGGUACGGUAGCAUUUGUAAAUUAGAUGCUAUUAUAAGUGUUGUAAUGUACACAUGUACUGGUAUAACGAGCACUUGGUGAUUAUUCAGUAUUUGAAUUACGGAGUAAUUAAUAUUACUUUCAUGACGAAUUAACGUGGAUAUCCCAGCGUUGGCACUAUUCUGGCAAAUAUCGCGCAAUUGUAAAAUGACGUAUUUAGUCGAAAUAUGUCGCGCAUAUACAAAAGAGAGUUUUUACUUAACUAGCAGUUAAGUAACGCGAAAAGUGUACCUGAUCUCUCAGCUUACAAUUAGGUUUACUUCUUCUGCCGAGCACUACUAUGUUCUGACAUUCCGAUUUUGUUAUUUAUCGCAAUACCGUUCAAAUUUCUCAUUUUCUAAUGUCAAGAAAAUUUCUGACGGAGAUGUGAAGUUACACAUUAUUUCAUAUUUUCAUAUAGUCGUCUAAAGUUUCGUGUUAGAAAUUAUUUCGUUUUUGGUUUUAGCAUUGCCUUAGAAGCUUUGAAAUCAUUAAGUUAUUUACCUAUAGUGUUAAUAACUGGGAUACUACGUUAUUUUCUCGAGCACGAUACCAUAUGUAGCCUGAAAUGGAGAUUUAAAGUUGACAAAGUACAUCUCCCAUUUCCUCCUGUUGAGCCGAGUGCUUAUCAUCGACAUUUGUAAAUAAUUCAUCGCUCAUUGUAAAUAAUCUUGAAUUCAUCGACUCUACAUGUGUACAAGUUCGUGGACCGUUUUCUUUCUUACAAGUAACGUCCCGUUUAAGAGUAGAAUAGUCCUGAUUCGUGUUUUACGAUAACUCCUGAUUUCAGAAGGUAACUCACGAGCAUUGUACUUGACAAGAAUGUAAUAUUUUCAAAGUGGGUUACAAUUGUGUCCAGUCGACGUGAUACAACAUGUAAAAUACAUUAACAUGAUAAACAAAGCAGCGGCAUAAUUUUUAAUGUUCGUUGCCAACUUGCCACUUUGCCAACAGUCGGGAUGAAUUUUAAUAAUUGACAAGGAGAAUCUGCAUCCAUUAUAGAUAAACAUUUUUACAUGUAGAGUAAAUCAUUCAUGCAUAAACUUUCCACCAAAACAUUUCCCCAAGCUUGAGGAUUAAUUUCGUGACGCAUGUUCUUUCUACGGCAACAUUUUUUACAUACACGCCGAAGAUGUAUCAAAUUAUAUUCCCGAAUAUAAAUUUGUACAUUUUCGAUAUAAUUGCAGUAAUGCCAACCUGCACGGGUCAUGUCCUAUUCCUGCAUAUCGGCGUUUUAUUUUCCGUAUCAUUUUAACAGCUCUCAUUUUUCGGGUGCUUAAAAGAUAAAAGUCCGAAAGAGGUUGUCGGCAUCAUGAAACCUCAGUACUUCAAUGAGAUAUCGUUGCAAACGGUGAAAUGUUUUUCAGGAAGAAAACCAGAAGGGUAUCUGUCCACAAUACUUAAUUAGUAUUAAAUAUAACAUUCUUCUCCGUCAUUUGGCACGAGAGGAAGAUUUGCGCGAUCGUUGAAACCUGUCAGGAUUAAUUUACUCGUAGGAAAAGUCGAAGGUGGGAAAGGAAAAAAAAAAAGAAACCAAUCAAGAAACGCGGAAUGGUUUGUCUCGCAAUACAAGGAUUAAGCUAUACUUUUAUUGUUUGUACUGUGUCGUAGAAAAAGAAAAAAAAAAGAAUUAGGUAAGAGAAAGGGACGACGUCGGUAAUAGAGGGCGACCAUGGAAAAGCGUAUGUAAAUAAACGAUCAGCUUGUAAAAAGCUACCUCGAACCGUUUGCUUUGACCCCGACAAUAGCUGUCGCAUCUGGAAGCUGAAAUUGAAAAGAAGUCUGCUCCACUUUCAAGAGGAAAGUCAAAAACGAAACGGCUCAAAAGUAGCGGAAGCUUUGUCCAUCGCCCUUUAGAUUGGCGCUGUUAAUAACCAGCGAUAGCUGCCAAUUGCGAUAAUUAUACGUGUUUUCGUAUCGAUUAACCUCGAAGAAAUUUUGGGAGAAUCGGUAUUAUUAUUUUCCUUCUUUUUCUGCUGUUUCUUUUUCUUUCGUUAUUCAUUCCUUCGCUUGUACGGAAUUUCAUUAUCGAGUUAUCCCAAAUGAUUUCUUCUUGUCCGGAAGCUAAUAAGAAUUGAUGGUCGAUACGAGACGACUUAGUUUUGGGACUUUAACGUUCACGUUAAGAGCUGAGAAAAAGCGAUACGCUGAUUCGCAAAAAUUGGAUCGAUUUCCAAAACGAAAGGAAAAGUCAAACAAUGUCAGUCCUACGAGGCAAACUCGUGACAAGUGCUCGUGGGAGGAAGUGGAUUUCUUUGCAUUUUUUUUGUUGUAUUAUCGAUCUAUUAUGUAUAACGAGGCUCGCACACGAUGCAGUUUUGCAGGGCCGCAUGUUCGGAGCCUUAAGGCCAUUGCACGAAGUUUUGCAAAUUGUACUUGUAAUUGUUAAGAGGCGAGCAAGCAGAGUGAACACUUUAAUGUUUCCUAUUAAAAGUAGUUAAAAGUUAAUGCAACAUUUUGUAUAUACGUAGGCUCAUUGUAGCUGUCAGUUGGGCAUUUAAUCGUGCGUGUACACAGUGGUGUGGUCCAAAAUGGAAAUUUCUUUUCUUUUGAAUUGCCGUAAGCUUAGGAAAACAAAAGACACGUAUAAAAUAAAUCGUGGGAGAGUAGGAUUGAUAUAAAAAUCCUUAGAGGUCGUCGAAAUAUUUCAAUUUCUCUGUACGAUUGUUAGUGGGGUACGGUAAACGGAACGUUAUUUCUUAAAUUCGCAAAAUGUACAAAAGCACAGAACUAGCUUACUUAAUUUUCAAAAGAAGGGUACUAUUCCAUAUCCAAGUCUUUACGGAAAUUUAUUUCAAAGGCGGGUCACGGAAAAUCUUUAAAAAGGAAGUUGUAGGUAUUCAUGUUGCACUUUUCUAGCAAUGACCUUUUGUAAAGGAUAUACAAUGUUAAUACAGCAGUAACAGUGUAUUAAGGGUACUGUUAAUUGGAAGUAUUUCGAAAGACCUCUAAGCACUCUUACGUUGAAUUCCCUUAUUGUAAUGGGAGAGAAAAAUUAUUUAAACGAAUUUAAUAUCGACAAGAGUGCAAAACGAGGUCGAGCCAUUUUGAACCACCGUGAUGCACACCUGAACAUAUGUACGACUGCGAAACCAUUCUUUUUCUUUCACGCACAUUCAUUCACGAACACAUUUACGUUCAUAUGAGGAGUAUACAUAUAUAUACGCGACACACGUAAAUGUUCGUAGUCGUUCGAAUGUCAAAGAUUCACAGUCGUUUUGUAAAAUCAUUCGUAAAGGAAGAUUCAGUGAAGUAACCUGACAUACAUACGCGAUGUAAACGAUGAUACCGAGGCUAGGUGAUAAUGCAUAAAUCGUAAGAUAGCUAUCUUAUACAUACGAGUAAAUAAUUAAUUAAACAAGAAACAAUAUACUCUACAAUAGCGAAUAUGCCUUCAUUAUGGAAAGUGGCUGGCACAUGAUGCACCGAACAAUAAAGUUGCUGCAAAAUACGCGACUCAUGUACAUAUAUACAUACGCAUAUACAAAUGUAUGUUUCGGCCUCCGAUUUGACUGGCUAAACAUCGGUACCUCGGAGAGCAUGAUUAAGCCCCUUUUUACUUUAAGUUCCUUCCAAUUUCCCAAUUUUGUUCUUCCGAAUAAUAAAUGCAAUUCUUCCUGAA